AUGGAGGUGACGAGCAGCAUUCACCCGUCCCAACAGGCCCGCUGCCACCCCGCUCCGCCCGAGGCUUUCCCGGAGAACAGCAAAUCGCACCCGGGCACGUUUGUAUCCGCUUUCACCGUGCUGUGCGGAGCCCGGACCGACCUCCCCGACAGGCACAUGUGUUGUGUCUUCUGGCUGAACAUUGCUGCUGCUCUGAUUCAGAUCCUGACGGCGAUCGUGAUGGUUGGCUGGAUUAUGAGUAUAUUUUGGGGGAUGGACAUGGUCAUUCUCGCAAUUUUGAGAGACUCAGAAAAGAAGAAUAUCCCAAAACAGCUGGUAGUGCAGAAAGUCUCAGUCUGGGGAGGGUUAAACAAGCUGAUGAUUUCACUGAGCGUUAAACGGCUGAAAGUCCCUUCUCCUGUGGCAUCAGAUGUCAGACUGGCAGCAGAUGCCCCAUCCCAGAGACCCAGCACCUGUACAAGAGGUCCCCUGGGAACAAAAACUGGUAGGAAUAACUCCUUGUCAGCACGGCCAGGGUUUUGCUGGCUUUUCUGCCUGUCCCUGUGCUCCAGUGAGAAUGGGAGAAUUGGAUUAGUCGGGGAAGAGCUUGCAUGGAAAUGCUGCCCUCCCCAGGACUGCCGUCGGUCUCCCGAGGACAUCCCUUCAGUUGCACUGCGUGCCGGCUACGCUGAUUGCGUGAGGGAGUUUGGCAGCGCUGCACAGGAGAGAAGAGAGCAGGGCUUUGUGCCAGGGACAGACCGGGCAGAGCCCAUCCCCUCGAGGGGCUCCCGGGGAACUCACAGUGGGAAGCUGGCAGCAAGCUGGAGAUACGUGCAUGGUGGUCACAAUUCAUACACUGGUGAGAAGAACCACGCAGUGAAGACACAGAGGGCCAAAUUAAUCAUCCCACGCUUUUACACCUCUUUCCGGAGCGCUGCAGAGGGAGGCCGCCCACUCCAGGAUGCCCAACAGCACCAGGGCCGGAUAAUCUGCCCCCACCUGCGGGACCUGUGCCGUGCCGCUAGUGCCCACCGUGCCGUGCCGAAGCCGACCCCUGCCUCCUGGCCAGCACAGCCAGACAUUGCAGCCAGCGAACACUUGGUCUGGUCAAAAGUGCGUGGCACCAGGCUGUCCCGGUAUCAUCGUCUGCUUCUUAAAUGUACAUGCUUUAGGUGCCAGUUUUACAGCUAA